AUGGAGUUCCAACCCGAAGGCAGCCUCUGUGCCACUGGCCACCGCAGCCCAGGAGUCUACGAGGACAGGGAAGAACUGCAUGAUGCGCAGCCUACCGUGACCUCGGUGAUUGAACAGGGAAGAGACGACGAGGUACGUGCCGGGCCCAAACCUGAGAAUGCAGCAAGAUUGGAAGAAAACUGCCCUGGUGCGGAAGCGCCCCCCCCUUUGGAUCGCGAAGACUACGAGGGCGUCGGCGGCCACGAUGGCCGCUUCUACGAGGGCGUCGGCGGCCACGAUGGCGGCUUCUACGAGGGCGUCGGCGGCCACGAUGGCGGCUUCUACGAGGGCGUCGGCGGCCACGAUGGCGGCUUCUACGAGGGCGUCGGUGGCCCCUAUGGCGGCCUCCACGAGGGCGAUGGCGGCCACGAGCCCGAGCAACAGCGGGAGGAGCCGGCCCCCCUAGUCGUGGAAGGGCCACAGCCCGCGGAGGGUUAUCAGCGCCGCCGCCGCCGCCGCCGCCGCACCGUGUUCACUCAGCUGCAGCUGCAGGUGCUGGAGAACUUUUUCUUUCGCGUUAAGUACCCCGACGUGAUAGAGCGAGAGGAGCUUGCAAGACGCCUGAAUUUGACUCAAACCGUCGUGCAGGUUUGGUUUCGGAACAGAAGGGCCAAGUGGAGACGAUAUAUGAGAGCAAUGAUGUUAAGAAAUAUGGCCCCCGUCGCCUUUGGCCACCGUAUGGGAGCAGUUGUCAAUUGGCCCUAUAAUCCCGUCCCUGUUCGGGGGCCUGCUUGGGGAUAUGCUCCUAUGGUGCAACAGCCGCUUGGGCCGCUUAUGCCACAAGGGCCACGUGUGCAGUUUAUGCCACCUGUGCUACGUGUGCCUCCCAUGCCUCCCUUUGGCCAGGCCCCUGUAGGUAUGGCAUGGGCCCCUGUCGUUAACCAUCAUUUUGCAGGUCACAUGUUCUAAAGUAUAGUCUUCAUGACAAUUUUUCCAAAGUGUUCUUCUGCCAGAUAUAAAUUGUGCAUAGCACAGCAUUGAGAGUAAUUCAUUAAAUACCUGUUAAAUGAAUUGAAGACAUUUACAAAGUUACACUUUUGUUGUUUAUGUUGGCCAGAUGUUUAUAUUUUCAAUAAAGUUAUGAAUUUGCAGGA